AUGAGGUGGCUCACAGGACUGUCGACCUUAUGGUUGGCGGCGACUGCUGCCAGCGGAGCCGUCAGCCACGACGAUGAUGGCAACGUGCGAAGCAUUUCGCUGCGUACACAUACGCUUCAGCAACCCUACCUCGACUCGGAUAUGGCCAGCCGAUGGUAUGACUUUGGGGGCGACACGCUUGUUCGAACCGACUCAUACAUCCGCUUGACGUCGGAUCGACCUUCGCAAAACGGUUGGCUGUUCUCCAGAGUGCCCCUGACUGCCACGAACUGGGAAAUCGAGGUCGAGUUCAAGGUUCACGGACACAACCAGCUAUACGGCGAUGGCUUCGCCAUGUGGCUCACGAAAGAGCGCGGGGAGCUCGGUCCUGUCUUCGGACACAAGGAUAACUUUGAGGGUCUAGGUCUCUUCGUCGAUACUUACAAGAACAACCGCCCGGGUGUCGUCUUUCCCUACGUCAUGGCCAUGAUCGGCGAUGGCAAGACCAGCUACAACAAGAACAACGACGGAAAGGACACGGAGUUUGCUGGCUGCUCUGCUCGAGGACUCCGACACGCGAGCGUACCCACCAAGCUACGAUUGACCUACUUCCAGGACAAGUCGCUCAAGCUGGAGUUGCAGUACAAGAGCGAAGACGAGUGGGCGCUCUGUUUCGAGACCGACCAGCCCCCAGCGAUUCCAUCCGUGACCUACCUCGGAUUCAGCGCCGAGACGGGCGAGCUAAGUGACAACCACGAUAUCAUCUCGGUCAAGGCAAAGAACCUCUACACACCGGGUGGCAGCCAGACUGGCAAGUCGUCUCCCGGCAGCGGCAACCGGGGCAGAAAGAACAAGCCUCUUGGCAGCAACAACAACAAGAAGAGCGGUGGCUGGGGAUGGUUCCUCUUCAAGUUCCUCGUCUUUGGCAUGGUUGUGGCUGGUGGCUACGUUGGCUUCACUGCUUACCGCACCAGCAAGAGGAGGACGCACAGAUUCUAA